AUGGCCAAACUGCCUUUAUUCCAAAAGUCUCCUCCACGGCUUCCUUCUGCCGGAAGGACUCAGUUCACUGUUUCUUGGCAUCGUAUCCUCCGCUCUCUGUUCUAUCUCCUGGCCUGGAUCUUCUUAUUGCUGGUCAUCAUCGGCAAUGUCUCCAACAAACCGGUCCUACGGGACACCUACUUUCUCAAGAUCGACCUCUCCAAUAUCAUCCCCCUCUCCAUCCCCAAUGCUGUCCUGAUCAACAGUAUUGCUCGCUCCAUCGGUCUGCAUGACUUCUACCAGGUCGGUCUGUGGAAUUUCUGUGAAGGCUACAACGACGUCGGUAUCACCUACUGUUCCAAACCGAAGACCCUAUAUUGGUUCGAUCCCGUCAGUAUCUUACUCAGUGAACUGCUCUCCGGCGCCACUAUUGCCCUCCCCGCCGAAAUCACCGAUGCACUACAAAUCGCCCGGAAAGCAUCCUACUGGAUGUUCGGUCUCUUCCUCACCGCCAUCGUACUCACCUUCGUCAUGAUCUUUCUCUCGCCCUUCGCUGUCUCGUCUCGUCCCCCACAGACCAUCUCCGCCGAUCCCGCCAUCAACGUCGCUCACCCCGUCCACCGCCGUCGCACCUUCGUACUUUUCCGCUCCAUUCCCUUCCUUAUCCUCUCGUUCCUGACCGCUCUGUUCACUAUAGUCGCCUCCGUUGUCGCAACCGUCAUGUUCUACAUCUUCAGAAAUGUCUUCACAAAUUCUGCCCAGGACUUGAAUAUCGAUGCCUGGGUCGGUACGAGGAUGAUGGCGUUCAUGUGGAUCGCAUCCGGAUUCAAUCUGAUUCCCUUCCUGUGGCAAUUGGGGUCCAGCUGUGUCGCUUGCUGUGGUGGGCGAAAGGCGAGGAAACUCUUGAAACAAGGAGGGAGUCCUGUGGGCACCUCCGAGUCUAAUGGCGAGGUUGGGCACCAAAUGCGUCAGAGGCAGAGGUCUCAUUCCCCUAUCCCCGCUGCGUCUGCGGUAAACUAA